AUGGGAAACAUGUCAAUCAGUGAAUACUACAACAAGUUCAUUGAGUUGAUGAGGUUUUCCCCGGAAGUAGUCCCUACUGAAACCAUUAAAGCUCAAAGAUUUGAGCAAGGCCUAACCUUGACCCUCCAAGGGAAGCUAGGAGGAGUGACUUUUGAGACCCUAGAUGAAGUCUAUGGCCGUGCAGCCCAUCUGUACGGAAUUAAAGGGAGGGAGAUAGAGCAGGUGGGAGAGAAAAGGAAGAACCCAGACUCUUUUCACGGGGGUGAAAAGAGGCGCAAGCCUAAUGGAAAUUACCAAGGGAAUUCUGGAGAUAGGAGGGACAAUAAGGGGAACUUUGGGAAGGGGAAUGCGGGACAGUCAUCCAACCAUAAAGGGAAUGGGAACCAAAGGGGUGAGAAACCCAAGAGGAAGUAUUUCUGCAAGAGGUGUGAGAAAGACCACCCAGGGAAGGACUGUGAGGGAAACCCGGUAACUUGUCGUUACUGUCAGAAGUUGGGACAUCGUGAGUAUGAGUGUUUCAAGAAGGAAGCUGAUGUUAAGUCUGGGAAGGUGAAAGAGUCUAGUGCACCUAGUAAACCACCUCAAUCUAGUGGACCUACAACCAAGGCUGGAACCAGUAGCGGUACGAGAGGUGCCCCAAAGGGCCGUGUGUUCGUGAUGAACAGUUGGCAUGCUGAGUCUGCUAAUGAUGUGGUAAUUGGUGUUUUCUUUAUAAGUUCUUUUCCUGUGAAAGUCUUGUUUAAUUCAGGGGCGUCGCAUUCUUUUAUUUUUAAGGAAGUAGUUGGGAGUCUCGGGUUAGAGAGUCCUGAGUCAGUUUCUCUAGAUGUGUCUAUUCCGCCUGGGGAAGUGAGGAGUUGUUCGAGAUUGUUUUUGAGUGUGCCUAUUUCCAUCUCUGGGGUAGAGUUUCUGGCUGAUUUGAUCGAGUUUGACUUGAAUGACUUUGAUGUGAUUCUGGGUAUGGAUUGGUUGGGAAAGUAUGAAGCAAAAAUUGAUUGUGCGGCUGAAAAGGUCACCUUGACUAGCCCAAGUAAGACCAAAGUGGUGUAUAAAAAGGAAGGGAAAAGUUCAAGGUUGAGAAUUGUGUCUGCAAUGCAACUACAGAAGCUAGUUAAGAAGGGUUGUCCUUUGUUUUUGUGUAGUGUUCAAGAGGUUGAAAGUGAGGAAAAGAAAGGUGAAGAGGGUAUUCCUGUUGUAGAAGAGUUUCCAGAUGUGUUUCCGGAUGAGAUUCCUGGUAUGCCACCAGUGAGGGAUGUCGAGUUCAUUAUCAAUCUAGUGCCUGGAACUGGACCUAUUUCUAAGGCUCCAUAUAAGAUGGCUCCAGCUGAGUUGAGGGAGUUGAAGACCCAGUUGGAUGAUUUGUUUAUAUUAGGCCUAGUUCAUCACCCUGGGGAGCCCCAGUAUUGUUUAUAA